AGUCGAGCGCUGGUCACCGGCGCGGCAGGACGUGUGGAGUUGGACGAAUAAUGGAUAUUUCGAAAAGAAAUGUUGCGAAAAGUGAAGAAAAAAGUAAUUAAAAAUAACUAGAAGGAAAAAACAAGUGAAAAGACAAAAACAAACAAAUAAACAGAUACAAAAACAGAACAAAAAUACAAGUGAGAAGACGAAAUCAAUAAAAACCCAAAACAAAAUAACAAUAAUAAUAAUUAAAAAAAAUAAUUAAUUAAAAAAAAAAAAAAAAUGGCGUCCCACGUGACUUCUUUUCUGGCGAUUUUCUUCCUUUUUUCGACUGCCUUUUGCCACCAAGACGACGCGAGGUUAAAGGUCAUUCAGGAACGACUCCUGGCCUUCGUCUCUGCCAACGCCCCCCCUUCAGACGCCCCUGCCAACGCCCCUGCCAACAAAGGUCCUUCCAACAAAGGUCCUUCCAACGCCCCUUUUAACGCCCCUUCCAACGCCUCUGCCAACGCCUCUGCCACCGCCGCCCCGCCCCUUCUGGCCAUGCUCGAGGGCCUCCUCUUCAGCGAGCAAGGCAAGGAGGCCGGGAUGCUCGCCCUCGAGGGGCUCGUCCUCGGGGCCCGGCGACCCGACGCGGCGGCCAUCUUGAGUGGCUUCCUGCGCGAGCUCCGCCUCCGGGCGUCGCCGGCGCUGCUCGAGGCGCUGGGGCGGGUCAAGGAGCAGGUCCUGGAGGCGGACUCCCUGGAGCUCGCCCUCCAAGCCCUAUCCCUAGAUGCCGACGUCCUGGACAGGCUCAAGGAGCGGCUUCUCGAGGGCGAGGCGCUCGACCUCGAGCGGCUGGCGGCGUACGCGGCGGGGACCCUCGGCCUCGACCUCGACCUCGAGGACAUUCUGAGGACGGGCCAGGAGGCCCUCGCCGGCUGGGACUUGACGUCGGCGCUCGAGGCUGUGCUGCGAUUUACGUCUCGUCCUUCUCCUUCUUCCUCUUCUUCUUCCUCUUCUUCAUCUUCUUCCUCUUCUUCUUCCUCUUCCUCGAAACCUCGUAAAAAGCAAAACAACACGCACCUCCUCCUCCUCCGCCCGCUCCUGACCUCGCUCUUGAAGGAGUACAAGGUCGACCUCGACCCGGACGCCGUGCUCGAGGUCAUCGCGCCCUUCGCCACGCUCGAGACGCUGACCCAACUCGCCCCUCUGGUUGCCAUGGCGACGCGGGGAAGCUCGGGUCAAGGGGCGGAGCGUGAGCGUCAAGGGGCGGGGCUUAAUCGACAAGGGGCGGGGUCUGAUCGUCAAGGGGCGGGGUCUGAUCGUCAAGGGGCGGGGCUUAAUCGACAAGGGGUGGGGUCUGAUCGUCAAGGGGCGGGGCUUAAACGUCAAAAAUCCGGGUCAGGGAUGUUGGUGGAAGCUUUGGGGAGUGUCUUGGGAUCUCGAGGGGCGUGGUCAGGAGAGGAGGCGGGGCUUGGAGAGCUAGGGGGCGUGUUAGGAGGUCUGGGGGCGCUCCUAGGGGAAAAGGAAGAAAAGGAAGCAGACAGAACACCGGAAGAGGAGAAGAAGGAGGAAGAGGAAGAAAAAGAAGCAGAGAAGAAGACGAAAGAGGAAAAUAAGGAAGAAAAGGAAGCAGACAGGACGCCGGAAGGCCCAUCCAUAGCCCACCUCCUCCUUCGGCCUCUCCUGACGAAGCUCUCCCGCGGGCGUGGUGACUGCCAGGGGCGUCUCUCGGGCUUGUUGGGCGGCGGGCGGGCCUUCGUAGCCCGGAAGGUGAAGGAUUUGGGCGGCUUGGGGCGUGUUCUGGAGUGGGUGGAGUCCCUAGGUGGAGGAGGAGGUGGAAGUGGAGGAGGAAAUGGAGGAAGUGGAGGAGCAGGAGGAGGAAAUGGAGGAGGACCCAAGGGCGUCGACCUCGAGGGCCUCUCCUCGACCCUCCGCCAGCUGGCCCUCCACGCGAAGGACCUGGACGCCUCCAUGCUCGAGGACGUCCUCGAGAGCCUGGAGGACAACCCCACGCUAGCCGACGCCCUCGCCACCUCCGCCACACCUCCAGCCGCCUCCCUCGCCCUCCUCCUCGCCUCCCCCUCGACCCAGCAGUCCCUCAAGGACGAGCUGCUCCCGAGAAUCCAUUCCUUCGCAGCCUCCUUCGGCGUGCGCGACCUCACCCUCCAGAACUUCCCCGAGAGGCUGGCGCCCUGGGUCGGCCUCGUGGCGCGCGGCUGGGACCUGGGCCUCGAGGCGUCGCUGCUGCUGCCGAGGCUCAAGGUCGUCCUCGAAGGGUGGCUCGAGUGGGCCGAGGAGGCGGCGGCCGAGGUGCGCGGCAAGGACGAGGAGGAGCUUCGCCGCGUGGUGUACCGUGCCCUACGCUAUGACGUCAUAGACACAAUCCUUGAGGUCAGAAAAUCCGUGACGUCACGAAGGUGUUUCACCCAGAAGCUAUGUGAGGUCAUUCGGGGUCAGGUCAUUCGGGGUCAGCGCGUGACCUCACUGACCAGGGCCGUCGCGAGGGUUGCUGGCGUUACCAUGGCAACGAGCGUAAACGGCGUCGCUGACGGAGAUUUGUGCGAUUUCCUGCUCGAGGUUUUGCUCGCGCUCGAGGGAGACUGUCAGGUUUCGUCCCCGAGUGGCUGUGAGGAAGCCGAAGCCGAAGCCAGUGACGGACGGAUGGACCUUAAAUACGAACACAACGAACUGUGAAAAUAAUGUUUUAUUAUUAUUGUUAUUAUUAUUUUUUUUUUCUUAUUUAUAUAUUUAUUUAUUGUGUAUGUGAUUAUGCUUC